AUGUCGAGCGUGCCCCUUUUCAAGCUGAACACGGGCGCGAUGAUGCCCGCCGUAGGGCUCGGCGGAUGGGGCGGACACACGACGGAGGAGCGCGAAAACGCGUGGACGUUCAUGCUCAUGGCGCUGCAGUCGGGGUACCGCUUGAUCGACACCGCUUGGGCCUACCAUACGGAGAAGGCUACGGGCGAGGCGAUCAGGAAGUCUGGCAUCCCGCGCGAUCAGAUCUGGGUCACCACAAAGCUCCACAACCAGCACCAAGGCGUUUUCGUCGAAGAGUACUUCGAGGACUCGCUCAAGAAAUUGGGUCUGGACUAUGUCGACCUGCUGCUGCUGCACUGGCCGCAAACCGCGAAAUAUACUCCGGACGGGAGCGAUGCGCUGGACGCGACGGGAAACCUCAUCUGCUACGACACCCCGAUCUUCAACGAGUCCUGGGCGCAUAUCGAGAAGAUCCACGCGAGCGGGCGCGCGAAGGCGAUCGGGGUCAGCAACUUCUCCAUCAAGAACCUCGAGAAGGUGUUCGAGACCGCCCAGAUCGUGCCGGCGGUGAACCAGGUCGAGAUGCACCCGUACCUGAUCCAGCAGGACCUGAAGGACUACUGCGACGCCAAAGGCAUCGUCCUCACCGCGUACACGCCCACUGGCUACGACACCGUCCGGAAGGACCCGACGAUCCUCGAGCUCGCGGCGAAGUACGGGGUCUCGGGCGGGCAGAUCGUGCUCGCGUGGCACGUCGCGCGCGGCGUCGCGGUCGUGCCGAAGAGCGCGAACGAGCAGCGCCAGAAGGACAACAUCAACCUUCCCAAGUUGGAUGCGGAAGACGUGAAGCGGGUGAGCGCGCUUGAUCAGGGCAGACGGCUGUGUAACGCGGCGAAUAAGGAAGGGAAGGUGUGGGGGUGGACGUAUGAGCAGCUCGGAUGGUGA